AUGGCGGCGCGCGGUCUGGGCCGCGGCGUCGGGCGGCUGCUGGGCAGUCUGCGUGGGCGCGCAGGGCAGCCGGAUCCGCUGCUGCUCCGGGUGAGCGUGCCGCGCUGGGUGGCCUCGGGACUGUCGGGCCGCGAACCUGCUGCUGCUGCGGUGCCGCUUGGCUCGUACCCCGCGCUGAGCGCUCAGGCGGCACGGGAGCCAGCCGCCUUCUGGGGGCCGCUGGCGCGGGAUACGCUCGUGUGGGACACCCCCUACCACACUGUCUGGGAUUGCGACUUCAGCAGUGGCAAGAUCGGCUGGUUCCUGGGAGGCCAGUUAAACGUGGCCGUCAACUGCUUGGAUCAGCAUGUUCGGAAGGCCCCCGAGAGUAUUGCUUUGAUCUGGGAGCGAGACGAGCCUGGAACUGAAGUGAGGAUCACCUACAGGGAACUGCUGGAGACCACAUGCCGCCUGGCCAAUACACUGAAGAGGUAUGGAGUCAACCGAGGGGACCGUGUGGCUAUCUACAUGCCUGUGUCCCCACUGGCUGUGGCGGCAAUGCUGGCCUGUGCCAGGAUUGGAGCUAUCCACACAGUCAUCUUUGCUGGAUUCAGUGCACAUGCCUUGGCUGGGAGGAUCAACGAUGCCAAGUGCAAGGUGGUUAUCACCUUCAACCAAGGGCUCCGGGCAGGGCGUGUGGUGGAGCUGAAGAAAAUAGUGGAUGAAGCCAUGAAGCAGUGUCCAACCAUCCAGCAUGUGCUGGUGGCUCACAGGACAGACAACAAGGUCAACAUGGGGGACCGGGACAUCUGCCUGGAGCAGGAGAUGGCCAAGGAGGACCCUGUGUGUGCCCCAGAGAGCAUGGGCAGUGAGGACAUGCUCUUCACACUGUACACCUCGGGGAGCACCGGCUCACCCAAGGGGCUCGUCCACACCCAGGCUGGCUACCUGCUGUAUGCCGCCCUGACUCACAAGCUUGUGUUUGACUACCAGCCUGGCGACAUCUUCGGCUGUGUGGCUGACAUCGGCUGGAUCACAGGACACAGCUAUGUGGUGUACGGACCCCUCUGCAAUGGAGCCACCAGUGUCCUUUUUGAGAGCACCCCAGUUUACCCUGAUGCUGGUCGGUAUUGGGAGAUGGUUCAGAGGUUAAAGAUCAAUCAGUUCUACGGUGCUCCAACGGCUGUCCGGCUGUUACUGAAGUAUGGUGAUGCCUGGGUAAAGAAGUAUGAUCGUUCCUCCCUGCGGACCCUGGGGUCAGUGGGAGAACCCAUCAACGUCGAGGCCUGGAAGUGGCUCUACAAGGUGGUGGGAGACAGCAGGUGCACGCUGGUGGACACCUGGUGGCAGACAGAGACGGGUGGCAUCUGCAUCUCGCCGCGGCCCUCUGAGGAAGGGGCGGAAAUCCUCCCUGGCAUGGUGAUGAGGCCCUUCUUUGGCAUCAUCCCCGUUCUCCUGGACGAGAAGGGAUGUGUCCUGGAAGGCGGUGAUGUCUCCGGAGCCCUGUGCAUCUCCCAGGCGUGGCCGGGUAUGGCCAGGUCCAUCUACGGCGACCACCAGAGAUUCGUGAACACUUACUUCAAGGCAUAUCCAGGCUAUUACUUCACUGGAGACGGGGCUUACCGAACCCAGCGUGGCUAUUACCAGAUCACAGGGCGGAUGGACGAUGUUAUCAACAUUGGCGGCCAGCGGCUGGGGACCGCAGAGAUCGAGGAUGCGAUGGCUAACCACCCUGCAGUGCCAGAAACUGCUGUCAUUGGCUACCCCCAUGACAUCAAAGGAGAAGCUGCUUUUGCCUUCAUCGUGUUGAAAGAUGACUCGGGUGACUCAGAGGCAGUGGUGAGUGAACUCAAGUCGGCAGUGGCCACCAAGAUUGCCAAGUACGCCGUGCCUGAUGAGAUUCUGGUGGUGAAACGUCUUCCAAAAACCCGGUCUGGAAAAGUCAUGCGGCGGCUCCUGAGGAAGAUAAUCUCUGGCAGAACUGAGGAUCUAGGGGAUACCACCACCCUAGAGGACCCCAGGGUCAUCACAGAAAUCCUGAGUGCCUACCAGAAGUGCAAGGAGAAGCAGGCUGGCGCCAAGUGA